GUCGGCUAUGUGAAGGGUGCUCUUACUUUGAUAUGGCGUCGUUUACACUCAAGACAGCCAUUGCGCGACUUUUUAUGUGUCCUGCGCGGCAUGGUUACCACUCAGGCGAACCACAGCCUCCGGAAGAGGGCAUCGACUACUAAUUCAUGUGGGUGAUUGCUGCCUAUUCGCCAAUUCGUUCUUGGGACCCGUGCCAAGUCAUAUCCCGCAUAUACUUGGCCGCUGGUGAUAGCUAAAUGCAGAGGCUGAAUCUAACUUGGCCCCCAAAAAAGCACCUUAGGACAUGAAAAGUGGGCUUGGAAGUGGCGAUGACCCUAAUUUACAGAAUCCGCGUAUGCACGGACCACUUCACUAUCGGAUCCACGAACUGGCUUCUAUACGCGUAUUCGGUCGAGGAUUCUGAUGAAAUGAGGCAGUCUACAAAGAAUCUGGCGCCAAAUUCGUUACGUGUAUAAUGUACCCCUGCUCAGGAACGGAAAUAAACUUUUCUGCUCGAUCUCCGGAUAUAUAAAAGAUGGUUGGCAUAAGUCGUCACCCUGGGAUAAUCCCGGAAUGCCUCUCGAAAGAUAUACCUCUAACCAACAAAUCUCAUAACAAUGGCGCAACUUGAGCCUUAUCGAGGAAAUUACUAUCUUUGGCAAUAUCUACCGUCUGUACCAGCAGCUGUCAUCUUCCUCCUUCUUUUUCUGAGUGCGACCAUCUACCACUUCUGGAAAAUAUGGAGAUUGCGAGCUCGAUUUUGUCUUGCCUUCGCCAUUGGAGGCAUAUUGGAAGUUAUCGGAUACGGCGCACGAGCUGCAGCUCACAGCAGAACUGACAAAAUCAUGCCUUACUGUAUCCAAAAUGUGUUCAUCCUUCUUGGUCCGGUUCUCUUCGCCGCGUCAGUAUACAUGACUCUCGGACGAAUCAUGCGCAGCGUUCAAGCAGAACAUUAUUCCAUGAUCCGAGCCCACUGGUUGACAAAAGUCUUUGUCCUGGGCGAUGUGCUCUCCUUCGUGGUUCAAGGUAGCGCAGCAGGUCUGAUGGCGACAGGAUCAAAUGCAGAAAUGGGGAAGAAUAUCGUGAUUGUUGGCCUGUUAAUCCAAGUGAUUAUGUUGGGGCUAUUUAUUGUGACCUCGAUCGUGUUUGGGCGCCGUAUGAAUCGUCACCCUACGCGCCUCGCCUUCAAUCAGGCGAUUACCUGGAAACCCCACCUGUACACACUGUACGCGGUCAGUCUGCUGAUUAUGGUUCGGUCUAUAUUCCGAGUGAUUGAAUAUGCUAUGGGCCAGGAUGGGUACUUGCUCAGCCAUGAAUGGACCAUGUAUAUCUUUGAUGCGCUGCUGAUGCUCGCCGUCAUGGUGAUCUGGGGGGUGUGGUACCCGGGAAAUCUCAACCCUCUGAUACAGAAGCCUGCCUCGGAUAACAUCAACAUGAGUGGAUCUGAGGAAGGAUUACGGUACACCUAAGAUGAGAUUUGCACGAUAUCAACGAGCCAGGAGCGAAGCAUUGUCCGCUUACUUUACCUGUACCUUUCGGUAUAUAACAGCAUGAACGUAUCCACUUCCGACAGUCACCUGCUAGCACAUCCGGGCAUUAUCGACUCCAAGCUACCUACUCAACCUCCCAAUCCGCAAAAUCCUUCCCCGUCAAAUCCGGCCUAAUAGCCCUCUCCAACCAAUCCCUACACUUCCGAUACAAAACAUCCCUCUCCAGCCCGUGACUAUCCAAGUUCAACUUCGGCACCACCCCAGUCCUACUCUCCGCCCAUGCCAAAUGCCGAUACCCAGCAGGGAACCUCUCGGCCUCCUCCACGGGAUGAACAGGCACAAACCGAUCCAUAUCAAACAACAAGAGCGUGAAGAAGCAAAACCCCCACCUCGCGUCCCGUUUCACAAGCAGAAAGAAAAACCGACAAUCCGCCCCAUUAUCCAUCUCGACCCCAUCAAACGUGAACCGGACCAUGAUCAUCACUCUGAGCUUACAUACGGCUCGAGUAAACUCCGGGCUCAUGUUUACCAUAGAACCGAUGACCCAGUGCAGGAUGUACAUGAAGGGGGAGCCUUUUGCGAAGGCUUGGUUGGGA